UCCAUGCAGCCCCUGAUGAUGGCCCUGUGGCUCCUGCUCCAUCUCUCCUUGCUCAGGCUCAGCACCACCCAGCCCUUAGUCCAGAGGCGUGGCGCUUCAUGGGUUGGUAGGUGGAGGGCGGAAGGUCAUGAGCUUUGGGAUUUGGGCCCCAAGGCACCCAGAUGACCUGGACCUCCAUCCCUUAGCCGGGCCAUCCUUUUUCAACUUCAACUCGCCAGAGGAGGUUCAGGAAGGCAGACAGAUUCCGAACAACGGGAGCACACCCCUGCUUGUGGACGUACAGGUGUUUGUAUCAACCGUGUUUAAUGUGGACAUCUUGCGGUACACAGUGUCUUCCAAGCUGCUGCUUCAGCUGUUCUGGCUCGACACUCGCCUGGCCUGGAACGCAAGUGAGCACCUGCAGCGUGGGGUCACACUGUCCUGGGACUCACUCUGGACACCAGGAUUCACUAUCCAGGAGGCGCUCUGGGUCGACUGGCAGGAGCAAAGCCCGAGGGCCCGAGUGGACCAGGACGGCCAUGUUGAGCUCUACCUGGCCCUCACCACAGAGACCACCUGUGACUUUGACCUCCUCCACUUCCCCAGGGACCAGAGCGACUGCAGCCUCAGCUUCUUUGCUUUUAGCAACACUGUGAAUGAGUUGGAGUUCCGGGCCCACGUGGUGAAUGAGAUUGUGAGUAUCAAGAGGGACUAUGUAGUCCAGGAUCUGAAAAUCCAAGUCCCACCCAAGCAGCUGGUGCCUUGCUUCCAGGUGACGGUGCGCCUGCAGAACACAGCCCUAAAGGCCGUCAUAGCUCUGGUGGUACCUGGGGAGGCGCUGCUGUUGGCUGACAUGUGCAGGGGGCUGCUGCCCCUCCGGGCCACUGAGCGCAUUGCCUACAAAGUGACACUGCUGCUGGGCUACUUUGUCUUCUACUCCUCCCUGGUGCAGACCCUGCCCAGCUCCUCCUCCUGCAACCCACUGCUCAUUUACUACUUCGCUGUCCUGCUGCUGCUGCUCUUCAUCAGCACCAUGGAGACUGUGCUGUUGGCUGCGCUGCUGGCCCGGGACAACCUCAGGGCCAAGAGCAGACCCAGCCCAGCCCCAAGAGAUGAGCAGCGAGAUCAUGGGAACCCAGGGCCUAAUCCUGAAGAAGCCCCCAGAGGAGUAAAGGGGUCAAGAAGGAGCCGGGCUGCAGCGGCUGACGACAUCUUCUUCUUGGUGUAUGUGGCGGCAGUGGUGUGCUGCCACUUCAUCUUUGCUGGAUUCUGGAUGUGGGUGCCAUGCAAGUCUGCCCCACCCCCUGGCGAGUCUGCACCCCAUGGCGGGCAGCCCAGGCUGUAACAGGGCAGGGUCCGGGGCUGCAGGCCUGGGGGAGGGCCAUGACAGGGUCUCUGGCGAGAAGGAGGGGGAAAGUCGACUCUCUGCCCUAAGCCUGGAGGAUCUCAGGCCACCCUGAGCUCUCCCUUCCGUUAGCAUGCAAGCAAAGAGUGUG